AUGGCGUCAGUCACAAGCUGCGUGAGUCGGCCGCGUCCGUCAAGCCCUGUCUCCUCCACCCGUCGCCAAUCCCAUCGCGUCUUCAACACAGCCGGUCAGAAUCAUCAAGGGAGCUUCCAGCCUCUCCCGCGACCGCAAUGGCCCCUCCAACAGCGCCAGCCGCCGUUAGGUGCUCCGCCGCGACAGUCGUCGCCAUGCCGGCCGUCGUCGCCGUGCCGGCCAGGCCCUUCUUUCCAGAGCAACGGCGCUGCAAGCAGUACUUCUUGGAGAGCAUUUACGGGAAGCGGAAGGCGAGACGGCUCAGCAACCAUCGAGAGAGAGCUCUCCGAGGAAGAUCCGGCGACGGAAGGACUUGCUCUGCUCGCACCUCCCUCCCUGCCUCCCUCGCUGCUGCUACCGACAGACUACCUCUCUGUUGAGACUCUAGGGGAAGACUCUCACCUGCUGGAAAAACUGGGGAUCACGCUGAACGGGGGUGUGAGGAAGCCUGCUGCGCUGACUGCUGCUGGUGCUGCUGGUGCUGUUGAUGUUGCUGGGGUUGACGUGUUGGAGAAUGACACGGGGAACCAGAAGAACGAGAUGCUGAGCAAGAUCCGGCUUCUGGCGAGAAAGGCUGGGCAGCUGCGAGUGAAGGAAGAGACCCGUGAACAGAAAGAUCUGCGGAUGGAAGAGCAGAAAGUAUCAAUGGCGGAAGGGGAGAGAGGAACGGUCAAUGAAAAGUCGCAGGUUGAGGUGGAAAAGCGAAUCGUAGAACAUGAGGCUCAAGAGGGAGGAGGAUUCGACGGCGAUCCUCAGCAUGGGUUCAAGAUCAUCAAGGAAGAGCUCAAGUUCUCUCGCUUCCUCAAGAUCUACAGCCGCGUCGUGGAGCACCCGUCACCGCCUCUCGUGCAGCAAGAGCCACAGCAUGCCGCUGUACCCGGCCUCGUCACCCCCACAUUCGACCAGAUAACAGCAGCCACUGCAACAACUUCAGCUGGCGCAGCUCGUGCAGGUAGCGGACAUGCGCACAGGGCGUCUGGUGCGAGGGGCCCGAUCGUGGCCGCCUGUGCCGCAGGACCAGGCCUGCAGAGCACCUCUUUUCAGCAGCAGCAGGGUCAGCAGGGGCAGCAGGGGAAGCAGGAGGAGGGAACAAGGCAGGGGCGCGGGCGCAAGGUGGUGGAGUAUGACAUAGUGUCGUCCGCCAGCAGUCAUUUCAUCUGCGUGCUGCCCUUCCACUCCGCCACCCAGUCCGUCACCCUCCUCAAGGAGUACGCCCAGGGUGCCAACAGCAUGCUGUACACGCUGCCGUGUGGGGGUCUCAGCCGCUCGCAUGCAUCACUGGAGGAUUGCGUUCGGAGUGAACUGUCCGAGGAGGCUCGUCUGCGUGGCGGCCGACUCGUCAGACUAAUCCCUGAGGACCACCCGGGCCUGCUGGAGGUGAAGUGGUGCAAGAACCGCUUCACUCCCUUCCUGGUCAUCGACCCGCUGCCCGACCCCACCCCGCUCCCACGCGACCCGGAGGAGUUCAUCCAGGUGCUGCACCUGCCUGCUCGCGACCUUGACAGGCUGGCGCUGGGCGGUGACAUGCUGCUGCCGUCUGUUGUCACGUGCACCAUGGCAAUGCAGUAUCUGAGGGAGCACAAGUUGCUGUGA